GGGAGUCAUAAGGCAUGGCUCAAUACCAUAACCGUCAUCGCCAAGUAGUGGAACAUUUGCUUUAGUUAUUAGUUGUGAUCUAGCCUGUGAAUUUCUCCAUAUUCUGGAGUCAUGAACUGAUCUAGGCCAACUGACAUCAACACUUGUGAAGAUCUCUCUGGCAUCACAAGUGGCUUGCACAUUUAAAGUAAGUUUCCCCUUCCGGUUGAUUUGGUUUCAGGAUUCCUAUUAAUGUACGUACAAUCAAUUACACCAAUUGCUGUCGGAAAUUUAUACAUGCUUUGCCAUAUCCGCUUGGCCUCCAUCAGUUCAUGGUUGGUAGCUGAAGACUUGAUGCAUUCGUGCGACUGUGCAACUAUGCUGUUCACAACUCUAUCCACAGCCGAGAUACCGUUGCUUGACUAGCACCAAGU